UAGGAAGUCUUCUACUUUCAAAGUUAAAAAACAAAUCAAAACAUAUUUUAUCUUUUUUUCUCCAAGAGUACUCACGUGUAUAUGUGUCUAAAAUAAACUAACAAAAGGAUGGCGGAUUCCUCUGAAAUUCUUAGUAAAAAUGAACAAAAACGAAGGCUUAAAGCUGAAAGACAGGCUAAAAAGAAAUCUGAGAAACAGGCAGCAGAAGUGACUACGGGAAAUAAAGUCGCAGAGUCUGAAGAUACAGCAGUACAGGAUGAUGACGAAUGUGAUCCAACGGAAUAUUUUAAUAUGCGCUCCUUGGCUGUGGCCAACCUGAAAAUCACCGGAGACCAUCCCUACCCACACAAGUUUCAUGUGGGCAUGUCGUUGAGAGAGUUCAUUGACAAAUACAAUCAUGUGGCACCUGGAGAAAUACUGGAGGAAGUAGUGACUGUGUCAGGCCGAAUACAUGCCAAAAGAUUAUCUGGGGCCAAGCUGAUCUUUUAUGAUUUGAGAGCAGAGUCAGUCAAAAUACAAAUUAUGGCCAAUGCAAAGUACUAUGAGAGCCAAGAAUCUUAUGAGAAAAUGGUAGAAAAAGUUAAAAGAGGUGAUAUUGUGGGAGUGAAGGGUAAACCAGGUAAAACAAAGAAAGGGGAAUUGAGCAUUGUGCCAGUGUCAGUGUCUCUACUCUCCCCUUGUUUGAGACAGUUACCACAUCUGUACUAUGGUGUUAAAGACAAGGAAACUAGGUUCCGACAACGAUACUUGGAUUUGAUGAUCAACGAACCUGUGAGGGAUAUAUUUAUAACCAGAGCCAAAAUAAUCAACUAUCUACGCAAGUUUUUUGAUAAUUUAGGCUUUUUAGAGGUUGAAACUCCCAUGAUGAGUUUGAUCCCAGGUGGCGCUGUGGCUAGACCUUUUAUCACACACCACAAUGAUUUGAAUCAAGAUCUGUACAUGAGAAUCGCCCCUGAACUCUAUCUCAAGAUGUUGGUUGUAGGAGGUAUUGACAGAGUUUAUGAAAUUGGUAAACAGUUUAGAAAUGAAGGCAUUGAUCUCACACACAAUCCAGAGUUUACAACCUUGGAGUUCUACAUGGCCUACGCUGAUUACAAUGAUUUAAUGACAAUAGCAGAAAGUUUAAUCUCUGGAAUGGUAAAACAGUUAAAGGGCAGCUACAAAAUUACUUAUCAUCCUGAUGGUCCUGAAGGGCAAGGCUAUGAAAUUGACUUCACUCCGCCUUUUAAGCGUGUGUCUAUGAUUUCAGGCUUGGAGGAAGCAAUGAAAGUCACCUUUCCCCCAGCCACUGAACUGCACACGGAAGCUUCCAGAAAAUUCCUUGAUGACCUUUGUGUGAAACACGAAGUGGAAUGUCCACCUCCCAGGACUGCUGCCCGUCUGCUAGACAAGAUGGUUGGUGAUUUUAUUGAAGACAAGAUAAUAAAUCCCACAUUUAUUAUUGAUCAUCCAGAAAUUAUGAGUCCUCUUUCCAAAACACAUAGAUCUGUGCCUGGAUUGACAGAGCGUUUGGAAUGUUUUGUUAUGCACAAAGAAAUAGUGAAUGCUUACACAGAAUUGAAUGACCCAGUUAUCCAGAGAGAAAGAUUUCAACAACAAGCUAAGGAUAAGGCUGCAGGAGAUGUUGAAGCAAUGUUUGUGGAUGAAAAUUUCUGUGUUGCCCUUGAGUAUGGACUGCCACCAACUGGAGGCUUAGGACUUGGUAUUGAUAGACUUACCAUGUUCUUGACAGACCAGAACAACAUAAAGGAAGUAUUGUUCUUCCCCGCCAUGAGGCCAGAAGAAAACUCACAAAAACCAGAAACCACUACAGAAAAAUAGACAAAUGUGUUUAGCAAAUCUAAUUGAAUGUUUCCUGUAUCACUCCUGUUUCGUGUCACUACAAUUUUAGUUGAAUGGGCAAGUCUUAAACUGCAUUGUACUUGUUUUGUAUUCGUCUGUUUAUUGGCUAGGAUAAGAUCAUUUCAUGCUGUAUUAUUUAUUAACGCAUUCAGUUGAGGCUGCUGUACAUCCCACUUCAUUAAAUUUAACUUAUGGAGAGACAUGGUAAGGUUGUAUGUAAGAUCAACACAAGUAUGUUUUGUUUCACAUUCAUCGCUUGAUACUUUACUUGUUAAUGUAUUUCCUAAAAGUUUCAUUUCAUGGUGCAAGUAAUAGGAAACAUUCCCAAGCUUGAUGUUAGUGAGUCAAGACAACACAUACCUGUAAUGUAUUUUAGAGGUGCACAGUGCAGUAUUUAUUUGUGGGGGCCCUUCAGUUAUUAGUACUUAAAUAACUGGGAGGCAAUUUACUUUGUCUAGUUACUGUAGAAAACAUCGGUGGAGGUAACAAUUCACCUACCAACUUUUAUGUUAUCCAGUCUAACUCAGUGUUUAUUGUUGUUUUUCAAUUUCAAUUUCUGACAUUGUUAUAGCUGACAAAUGUGAGGGUAACGAUCCAGAGAAGAAUGCCAUCAUCUGUUCAUUACUUUUUUUUCAUUCUAAUUAGUUUACUAUUAGUUAAUUACUAGACUGCUAUGAUUGUUUUUUAUUGUCUCAAAGUUACUUUCUUUGUUUUAAUGUUUGUCUCAAUGACUACAAUUAAAGAGUGAUCUCUAUAUGA